CACUGAGGUAUGGUAUAAAAUACUAGCUUUUUAUGUUUUACAUGUAUAUCAUUUGCUCUUUAUUUAUAAAUUCCCCCAGUGAGAGAUGAUUUAGUAUUAUAAAAUUAUUCUUACAAAUAAUAAAUGAAAUCGUGACAAGGUAAAAACCAAUAUAUAGUAAAUGAUCGAAUUUGAUAGGCUUGAGAUGGGAAAACGUUCAGUCAUGGAAUGGGCAAAACUUGACUCUGAAAAGGUAUUGAUGGACAGUGAAACUUUAGAAAAACUGAUAGACAACAAAGAAGUAGACAUCAAUGCAGUUGAUCAAUAUGGUGAUAAUGCGCUAAUAUAUACCGUGCGUAAUAAUGCAACAAAUUGUACGAAGUUGUUGCUUGAUCAUGGUGCUAAUGUAAAUGCUGUUAACAACUAUGGUCAGACUGCACUGAUGUAUGCAGCAUCAGUAAAUGAUUCAGUAGAAUGCGUCAAUUUGCUCAUUGCAUAUGGUGCUGACAUCGAUGCUAGGGAAAAUGACGGGACGACAGCUUUAAUACACGCAAAAUCUAAAUGUAUGUGCAUCUUAAUUGACAAUGGAGCAGAUGUAAAUGCAACCAAUAAUAGAGGGCUCACAGCACUCAUGUGGUCGACAAGGUUUGACACGUUAACACCCAUGGAAGCGUUAUUGGACCAUGGGGCUGACGUAAACGCCUGCCUCAAAACCGGAAUGAACGCACUAUUUUACGCUGUAUGCCACGACAAUCCUGAUUCAGUACGGUUGCUUAUCAAGAAAGGCGCCGAUGUCAAUAAAACUGAUCUAAAUGGUAACACGGUUCUUAUGCGUUGUGUAUUCAAUAGUGCAAGUCCAGCUUGCCUCGCACUGCUGUUGGUAAAUGGUGCAGAUAUCAACGCUGUUAAUCACAAUGGAAGGAAUGCAAUGUCUUUUGCAUUUGGAAUGGAAAUAUAUGCAGCUAUCUGUAUCCUUGCUCUGUUUGGAGCCCCAUUUGUCACAGAACAGUUAAUUGCUAUCAAGAAGCACAUUAGUAAAGGCAAAGAUCCCCAACUGGAGUUGAUAUUAGAGAACCUCAAGCAACCAAACCUUAAACGUCAAGCGAGACGCCGGAUACACCAGCAAAUCACAUGCGUCAGUCGGAACACAAAGUAUUCAAAAACAAUUGAUGCUCUUAUCAACGCAGGUGACCUCCCAAUGAGAUCGAGGUCUUUUAUGUUGUUUGAAGAUGAUAUUGAAGAGAUAAUAGCGACUUUAACAAAUUGUGAUUUAGGAUAGGCAGAGAAGCACCAUUUUUUGAAUGUUUUCACUAGAGGUGUUUACCGGUUAACCGCCGAUAAUGCCUUUUCACAUUAGCUCAGAUUGUGGGUGGGUGGGUGUUUGGGGGUCCUUUGGACAAGUUGGACACUCACCAGUAAGAGAGAAAAUCUUGGUAUGGGACUGACUGUGGAAUGGACAAGUCCUCGGCAUUACCAUUUAAGUAGCUGUGACAUUAGCCACGUACGUGGGCUCUUUGCUCGCAACCGAUUUGCCAAUUUUGGGAUUAACUUUUAUUUAUUAAGUUUUGUAUUAGGUGUGAUAGGGGAUAUCUUGCCGUAAAACUAUUUGUGUGCUCUACUGUUGUGCUCUACCAUCUGCCUCAAAAUAUUCACACAUGAGUACACAGGGCCAGGAAGAAGAUUUGAAUCCCUCAACACUCACUGUGUACAGUAAAAAAUAUUUUUUCUAAGUAGUACAUAGUGAUUUGGAGGGGGAUGAACUCUUGUUCCCGUGUCUGUGCAUCAGUAAGUGAAGAACGGUGAGCCCACGCGUGAUAAGUGUAACAACUCUUUUAUAUAUUAUCUAUUCUAAUAUGAUACGUGACGUCACACUAGCUAGAACAAUUGAUUUACUGGUCUAUGAUUGGAGUAUGUAUGACCAGUAAAAUUCAUAAAUGCAAAAAAAUGUGUUUCUCGUCUGUUUAUCAUAUUAGAAUCGUAACAAAGACCUCGAUUUUAUGAUUUAUGUCAAAUAUAUGACCUCAAAAUUUAUUCUGGCCAUUGCCAAAGACCUCAAUCGCUACGCGAUUUCGGUCUUUUAACAAUGAACAGAACAAAAUUUUUGGUCAUAUAAUACGCCAUAAAUCAUAAAAUCUCGGUCUUUAUUCCUUUAUUAUAUGAAAAAUGAAAAAUUCAUUAUUUUAGUUUACGUUGUACAAAACUAUCUUGCUGCUAAUACACCUGCUGUAGCCAAGUAAGCUCAGUAGAGAAUGAAACAUCUACAGCUAUUGAAAAUAAAUUCAAACUAUGAUGUUGUACAUAAUUUAAGUGUUUUGCAUCGGAAUAUGAUAUAACUUGAUUCCUUUAGUCUUGCACGGGGCCUCUGGUCCUCCCUCCCCAUUUUCCUACUCAAAUGUACAUACAUUUUCAUGUUUGAGGGAAAAUAAAAGGAAGUUGAUAGAUUG